AUGCCUAGCAAUCGCAGCCGUACCAAGCCUAGCUCCAGCUCCAGCUCCCCCUCCAACGCUCGCUCAUCAAUUCGAUCUCCAGCAGCUACUGCCAAUUCCACAACUGACGUCUCUUCUUCUUCCGGAAUAGCUGCUGCCGCUCCCACCUCCCGUCGCUCCAACCCAGCCGCUGCUGCCGCUGCCACUCCUCUUCGCAGAAGCCGCCGGCUCUCCGCUGCUCCCACGACCGUCACCGACGACCUUUCGGACUCUCGUAGCGAAGCCUCUUUCUCCACCUCAGAUCAGCUCUCGGCUCCUGUGACUCCAGCCACCGCCGUAUCUGCAUCAGCCUCCUCUAACCCUUCUUCCGCCAGCCGCAAGUCCCUCGCCUCACCCCGUGCAUCUCCGGCUGCACGAUCUUCCACCUUGCCGCCAUCUCCUCAGUCCACCCCUUCCCGGGCUGGCGCUUCUCUCGCUUCUGGCUCCUCGUCCAAGGCUACCGCUCGUCAAAAAGGAAAAGGAAAGGCUAUUGUCCUACCUGACGCAGCAGCAUCUACCGCAUCUACUUCGGCUUCGGCUAAAGGAAAGCGCAAAGCCUCCACAAGCACCCCGUCCAAGAAAGUGGCUCCAUCCCCAACAACCACGAGUGAGCCCAGCAAUAAGCGUCAGAAGACCGACUCUCAAGCUUCCGCCUUUACCAAGCAAACGCGCCGCCUUUCUUCUUCCUCUUCCUCCACCUCGCCUUAUUCACUUCGUUCGCGCGGCAACACCGCAGACCAGUCGCCCUCUUCCACCUCCAAGAUGACCGGCGCCAACCCCAAUCCAGCCGACGCUCGCGGCUCCGCCCGAUCCUCGUCGACCAAGUUCAGACCCUCACCGACAUCUAAGCGCGCUUCCACUAGCGGCUCCACACGCUCCUCCCGAAGCAGCGCAGCUCACCAGCUCGAGUGCUCGGAUGAAACUGGCUCUAACGAGGACGAUGAUGUCCACAUGUCGGACCUCAGCCCUGAUCCUUCCAACAAAGGCACUGCCGCUAGGUGCGAGUCCUCGCAUGUCGGCCUAGUCGAAGAGCCAGAAGACCUAGCGAUCGAUGAAGACGAUGCACAUUUGCAUCAGGACGAGCAUAUGCAUGACUUGCCCGACAAUCACCACUUGGAUCACGACGACGACGACGAGCACGAUAAUGACGAUGACCACAGCAAUGAAGAUGACCACGACGAAGGUAUGCCUUCGCGUGGGGAAGGUGGCCUCGGCGCGUUCGACGAUGAAGAUGACGACGACGAUGACGAUGGCGAUGAUAGCGACCAUGGCGCUGGCGUCUUUGGCCUUAACUUGCGAGCCAUGGCUGGCUACAUGUCUGGCUUGUCCAGCCGGUUCCGCAGCCUUCUCUCAUCCUUGCGCAAAGAGUCUGAUCCGACAACCCAGAUGGUGACACUCCAAGACCUGUCCGAGUUGCUCAGCGUUAGUACUGAAGACACGCUAGCUGGCUACUUCCCAACCGACUCGUUCGUCAAGGAGCUCGUCUACAUCCUCGGCGGACCCAAACCAGAGCGCAACGAUCUCGGAGGCAAGUCUUCUUCCAAGAUCGAGUCAGUCGACGAUGACCUGGACGACGAGAUGAGGGCUGUACUUGCUGCGGCCGACACGGAAGACAAUGGCGAAAAGAUGCUCCUGGCCUGUCGAUGCUUGGCCAACCUCAUCGAGGCCAUGCCAUAUGCUGCGCAUAGCGUCGUAGCUAACGGUGCGAUUCCUGUGCUCAACUCCAAGCUCAUGGAGAUCACUUUCAUCGACUUGGCCGAGCAGGUGUUGCAGACCCUUGAGAAGGUCUCACAGGACUACCCUAGCUCCAUCGUCAAGGAAGGCGGUCUAUCUGCCAUCUUGCAGUAUCUCGACUUUUUCAACAUCCACAUCCAGCGCACUGCUAUGACGGCUGCUGCCCACUGCUGCCGCAAGCUCACGCCCGAAUCGCUCAGUAUGGUCCGUGACGUCAUGCCCAUCAUCCAGAACGUCCUCACCUACAGCGAUCAGCGCCUGGUGGAGUCAGCGUGCAAGUGCGUCGUUCGUGUCGUAGAGAGCUACCGUCUCCAUCCUGAGCUGCUCGAACAGCUGUUGACUGGCGAGCUUCUUGCUGCCCUUAACAACCUGCUCCUGCCCGCUUCCUCGGCCACAAGCUCCAACACAACACUCGGUGCCAGCGUCUACACGGACGUGCUCAAGGCACUCGGUACCGCUUGUCGCAGCAGCCCACGUCUCGCAGUCGUGCUGCUCGAGAAUAACAUUGUCGAAACCCUAUACCAUCUGCUCACCGGCUCACCCGCACCCACCGACACUGCCACCGCCAAGGAGAAGGCCGAUGCAACUCGACCUCACGGCAUCAAGCUCGAGUCAGAACAAGCUUCGGGCCCUAACAGUGCCGCUGAAACCGCUGCAGUUGCUGUCGUCCCUGACGCAGGUGCAACAGAUGCCGCCGGCUCUACUGUUGCUGUUGCGGACAUGGCCGUGCUACAGAACUUGGCUCAACGACCCAAGGAGCAGAUUCAGGAAGCCCUGUCGCUCGUGGGUGAGCUUCUGCCACCGUUGCCUCGCGACGGUGUCUUUGACCCGCGUGCAUACACCGAGAAAGCGUACCUCAAACGCACCGCAAAGCCAGCGUCUCCUUCCAGCGCUUCCAAGUCGGUACCUGGCGCUUGGACACAAGCUGAUGGCGAGAAGAGCACCUCUGACGCCACGAGCGCGUCUGCAGGCAAGGACACUAGCCUCGCUGCAACCACCGAAGCAUCGCGUCCCUCCUCCUCGCGCUCCAGCUCUACGCGCAGCAAGGUAACACGGACCAAGUCGGACAAAGAGGUAGCACGCGAAGCAGCCCAAGCCAAGCGCAUCGAGAUGCUGCACAGCCGCACUGCCCUCGUGAAGCGCUUCACCCACCUGGUUCUGCCGACUCUAGUCGAGGUGUACGCUGCCAGCGUUGCCCUUCAUGUCCGUCACAAGGCGAUCAACGGCAUCCUCAAGAUCAUUAGCUUUGUUGACCCUGAAUCGCUCGAAGAGGCACUCGACAAUGUGCCCCUCGCCAGCUUCUUAGCCGCUAUCCUCUCGUCUCGAGACCACCCAAUCCUCGUCAACGGUGCCUUGCAGAUCGUCGAGUUGCUGACGGAGAAGCUUCCCUCGCUCUACACGGCGCUCCUUCGCCGUGAAGGUGUCAUGUGGGAGAUCGACGACAUCGCUUCUCAGACUCCGUCCGACCGUGCGUCUAGCACCGACAAGCCAGCAGGUACCUCGACUGAUGCUGAACGAGGCUCGAGUGCGCAGCCACUCAGUCUGCCGCGGUCUGGCUCUUUGGGAGUCGAUGCAGCUUUCGACAGUGCAGGUAUGGGCAUGUCUUCUAGCUCUGGUCUGGCUCGUCUUAUUGCUGCUGCUUCCGGUUCUGGCCAGGCUGCCACGCUCGUGGACGCGUUGGGCAACCGCGUCUCUUCUUCGUCCGCUCCCACUUCUGGCUUCAACGCACAGAGCUCCGCCGAUGCUACCGAUGCCAGCAUCUGGCGCGCUCGUGUUCUUCGUGACAAGUUCACUGCCGAGGCCAAGUCUUCGGAGGGUGCUCAGAGCGCAGCACAGGCACUCGAUCACAUCAAGGAUCUCGUUCAACGUCUCACCGAUGCUGCUGCCGAGGGCCGAGAGUCGGAUGCCAACAAUGUCCUCCAACAGGUCACUUUGCUUUUUUCGCGUACCGAGGACCCUAUCUCAAGCUUUGAGCUGCUGCGUUCCGGACUUGUUGAAGCGCUCUACUCCUUUGCUACCAGCAACGAGGGUCGCAUUCCACUCGAGCGCCGCCGCACACUGCUGAUCGAAGCAUUGAUGGACACGGACACCAACUCAGGCCACAGCGGUGCCACAGUUCUGGUCCGCAGGCUGCAAGAGGCUCUGAGCCGCUUGGAGAACGUCGAGAUCACCACGGCACUCAGUGGAGGCACUGAUGAAGUGCGCAAGAGCCCUAGUGCUAUGCUUGGGCGUCAGUUGCGCGUGCGACUUCAGGCAGAGGACGCCACCGACAUUCCACGCAGCUGCAACAACAUCAUCGUCACCAUUCAUGCUGUGGCCACAUUCAGAUCUCUUAGCGAUUACCUUCGACCCAAGAUUGCUGUAUCCUCGGCUGCAUCCGGCUCAGGUUCGGGACCAGGUGCUACAGCUGGCUCUUCUGCUUCUUCGCGACUCUCUUCCGUCUUGGCUGCCUUCGCAGCAGCCACCGGAUCUGGCGGCUUCUCCGAGCUAGGUGGCAGCAGUGGCAGCGGCAGCAAGACAGCUGGUGCUGGCAGCAGCAAGGAGACUGCCAUAGGCCAAGCGGGCACUUCGACCAGCGCCACUGCUAUGGAUGCAAACGCCGGCAAGAAGGACGAGCAGAGCGGUGAGAUCAAGAAAGAUGCAAAUUCCGGCGAAUCCGCCUCUGGCUCCGCCCAGGCUGGCAAGAGCCGUGAGGCAACCUCUCGCGAAGACGAAGCCCGUGAGGAUGCUCGCGCCCCUGCUCGUCACCUCUUCGGCGGCAGCGACGAUGCUCCAUCGGCUGCCGGCACAGACGGUGAAGCCAAGACCAAGGACACAACUGCUAAUGGCAACAGCAACUGCAAUGACGACGACCAACGAUCCGACGAGGCACUUGCACGCUCGCUCAUGGAAGGCUUACUCCACGGUGCCGAGUUUGACGACGACGAAGGCUUCACAGACGAGGAAGGCUUUGACGAAGAGAUCCUGCAGAGCGAGAUCCCAGCAGACGGUGCUAACGGCUCGGCUGAUGCUUCCAACGGCGCUGACGCUGCCGACAAGACCAUCAACCUCGAUGUUGAGAAGGAAGGCGGUAGGAUUGUAGCAAAGACGCCGGAAGGCACGCGCAUCCCUACGCCUGGCAAUGGUUCAGGUACUCCUAAGUCUGCUGAGAGCUCUUCCACGGCCACCGCUGCUUCUGGCACUGCCGCUGCUGCUGCUGCUGCUGCUGCUGCAUCGGGCUCUUUAUCUUCCACUGCUAGCCCUGCUAAGACUUCUUCUUAUGCUUCGGCUUUGCAGAAGAAACCGACGGACUGGCAUCUGGAAUUCUCGCUUGGAUCGGAAAAGCUCACGCUCGACACCACCAUCUAUGGUGCUGUCCACCGCUUCGAGACUGUACAGGCACGAGAGCAAGGUCACAGCUCAUCUUCCACCGGAGCUACUCUCAGCUCGUCUAUGUACGGUGGAAGCAGGCAUAUCUGGAGCAAUGUUUACACAGUGAAGUACAAGAAGGUGUCUGGAUCAGAUGCCAAGCCAGCCGCCGAAUCAACUCCCGAACCUACUUCGGCUGAGAGUGCAGCCGUCGAGCUUCCUGCUUCGAUCAAGGAGGAUGCACCCUAUGCCAAGUUGCUUCAGCUGCUUGCCGUGUUGCACUCGCUCAACAUGGAAUGGCGAGAGGUGUCGCGUGCUGGUGACAAGGCUAUCACGGCAACGCCGACAUCUGCUCUGGCCGAGUCUGCCUUUGUGAACAACAAGCUCACUGCCAAGCUCAACCGACAGCUGGAAGAGCCCAUGAUCGUGGCAUCUGGGUGUUUGCCAGCAUGGUCGACCGACCUGCCCAAGCACUUCCCGUUCCUGUUCCCCUUUGAGGCGCGCUUCGCCUUCUUGCAGUCGACGUCGUUUGGCUACGCACGCCUGCUCACGCGAUGGCAGGCACUGCACAGCCGCAAUCAGGAUCCCGGCAGCAGCUCUUCCUCACGCUUGGACGACUCGUUCGGCUUCCUCGGUCGAUUGCAGCGACAAAAGGUGCGCAUCUCGCGAGCCAACCUGCUCGCUUCUGCAUUCAAGGUUUUCGAUCUUUACGGCUCCAACUCGUCAGUGCUGGAGGUCGAGUACUUCGAAGAGGUGGGUACAGGUCUGGGACCCACUCUCGAAUUCUACUCGCUCGUGUCGAAGGAGUUCGCACGCAGGGAUCUAAAGCUCUGGCGCGACAGUCGUGCUGGUGGCUCGAACGAAGACGGUAGCCAGUACGUGUUCAGCCCACUCGGCCUCUUCCCUGCUCCGCUCACUCAGGACACAAGUGCCGUGUCAACUGAGGGAAAGUCGGCUGAGACUGCGAUCACUGUUGACGACAUCAGCUCGGGUUCUGGAUCGACGCCAAAGCGACUCCAUGCAUUCCGCAUUCUGGGUCAAUUCGUGGCCAAGGCGCUGCUCGACUCGCGCAUCAUCGACUGCGACUUCUCGCCUGUCUUCAUGCGAGCCGUGCUCAACCAGCAUGUUGCUCCGACGCUGGCCACGCUUGCAGCUGUCGACGCCACCUUGGCUCGCUCGCUAGAAUCGAUGCGCAAGAUGCCGUCGGACGAGAUCGAGUCGCUAGGUCUUGACUUUACACUCCCAGGCUAUGAGUCAAUCGAGCUUCAUGCUGGCGGACGCGACGAGAACGUGACAGGUGCCAACGUCGAGCAAUACAUCUUCGAGGUGCUAGACAUGACCUUACAGCGUGGCAUCCGCCCCGCUGUACGAGCAUUCCGCCAAGGUUUCAACCUGAUCUUCCCUAUCUCGGCCAUGUCGAGCUUCACGGCGGAUGAGCUGGUGAUGCUUUUCGGCAAUACAGAAGAAGACUGGAGCGAGUUAACGCUGUUGGCAAGUGUCAAGCCUGACCACGGACUCAACGCCGACUCGCCAACGUUCCGCGACAUUGUUGCCAUCAUGGCAUCGUUUGAUGUGAGUCAGCGUCGUGAGUUCCUGCAAUGGCUCACUGGUUCGCCCAAGUUGCCCAUCGGCGGCUUCUCGGGCUUGCAUCCUCAGCUGACGAUUGUCAAGCGUCCACAUGAGGCACCCUUGACGCCCGAUGACUACCUACCAAGUGUCAUGACGUGCGUCAACUACCUCAAGAUGCCCAACUACUCUUCUCGCGACAAGAUGCGCGAGCGACUGCACACAGCUAUGAAGGAAGGCUCCACUAGUUUCCACCUUUCGUAG